AGGCGGCGAGCGGAGCUCACAGCGGCGCGGGGCUCUCCGGGGAACCCCGCUGCUCCCGGGACACCAUGGCCAAGCGGGUGGCCGUGGUGCUGGCUGGCUGCGGGGUGUUCGAUGGCAGCGAGGUCCACGAGGCUUCGGCCGUGCUGGUGCACCUGAGCCGGGAGGGGGCACAGGCAGAGGUUUAUGCUCCCAACAUCCCCCAGAUGCACGUGGUGGACCACGCAAAGGGGCAGCCGACGCCGGAGCAGCGCAAUGUCCUGGUGGAAAGCGCCAGGAUAGCCAGAGGCAACAUCAAGGACCUGGCUACGCUGGAUGUCAAGGGGCUGGAUGCCCUCAUCAUUCCAGGCGGCUUCGGGGUGGCAAAAAACCUGAGCACUUGGGCCACCCAGGGCAAGAACUGCAGCAUCUCCAAGGAGGUGGAGGACGUCCUGCGGGCCUUCCACGCUGCCCACAAACCCAUCGGGCUGUGCUGCAUCUCCCCAGUGCUGGCAGCCAAAAUCUUCCCAGGCUGCGAGGUGACCGUGGGGCACGACACGGAGUGUGAGCAGUGGCCCUAUGCCAAGACUGCUGAGGCCAUGAAGGAGCUGGGCUGCAGACACGUGAACAGCCAGGUCACCGAGGUCCACGUGGACGCCAGGAACCGGCUGGUGACCACCAGCGCCUUCAUGUGCAACGCCCCCAUCCACGACAUCCACGACGGCGUCGGGAAAAUGGUCCGAGAAGUGCUCCAGCUGGCCUGAAGGGCCCAAGGGCAUCCAGCUCCCCUUGCACGGAUAACGCCCUUCUCCUUUCACACAGCAGCAGGAAAAUGGCACUCAGCAGCUCUGCCCCCAGACCUCUGCUGGCUGCUGAGGAGGGGGAAUCCUGGAGCUGUGGUGUUCUGCCAAGGACACGUCACAAACUGGAGGGAGUUGGGCUGGGAGCUGGCAUGGAAUCGUGGAAUGGUUUGGGUUGGGAGGGACCUUAAAGCUCAUCCAGUUCCAAUC